AUGAACUUCAAGACUUGGAUUCCUUGUUCCCGGGGGGUGAAUGUCCUCCUUCUCUUGAUUAAUGUAGUAAUAAUAUUAACCAUUCAAGGGUCAGCCGAGGCACCUGUGCAUGAGGAGAGCGGCGAGCUCAUCCGAACAGAGCUGCAGGAGACGGGUCAAGAGCUACACAAUGGAGGUGAUGCUUCUCCUGUCCGAGCCCCAGCCUCAGACCCUAAAGCGACGUCUGUAGAAAGGCUCACUGUAGAGGAUGAACCGUAUUUGAUAAAGCAGGUUCGGGAGUCUCAGCUCCAGGGCGAUAAGAAGCCAAGGGGUUCCAGUGUACUCCUACUGAACCGCCUUGUUUCAAUGGGCCUUCUUGCAUCCAUCAUAGUCCUUACAGGGCUAGUUUUGUGGGAGGUGUAUAAUUAUGUUGGAGAUACUUCGGACCCCUUAAAGGAUGCAGGCGAUGCAAGCUGGGUUCCGGCUAUGAUCGAAGAUAUGCUACGCCAGGGGAAAUCCUUGGCUUUUGUCGUCAGGAAGUGCAAGUACUGCGGCAUUGGACUUAGGGCGUUGAGACGAGCAGGAAAAGACACGGUAGCUAUCAUGGUUGAAGGACACCCGUAUCAGCGCACGAUUACUCGAUAUUUAAGGACGAAAUAUGGCUCCAGGGGAUUCCCAUUCUUCAUUAUUGACGGACAAAGAUACGGCUACGUAUCAAAAAUAAAGGAAUAUUUGGCGGAGGAGGCCCACUGA